AUGAAAGGAGGAGAAAAAUUUCACUUUAUUGGGAAAGUUAGCUCGAACCAAGGAUACAUCGCUACUACGAUGAUGAACAACGUUGAGGUGAGUUUCAGGGAAAUUCUAGUAAAACUAUUAUGUAAUAAAUUAAACUUGAAAAGCAACCACUGGCAGAGUUUUUUUACCUUUUGGGUCCGGUCCGGAUUUUUGAAUUUAUUUUUCCAGCCACACUCAUAACCCUGCACACUAGGCCUGGCCCGAUGCAAAAACAGAGAAAAAACGUAGGGCGGGCACACUUGAUCUCUAGGGUCAGGGCGUAAACCAAGGUUCCUCCCAGACCGGACCAAACAAUUAAAUUGGAUGCUUUACAAACUUGACUGUAUAUAAAAGUCUGCUUUAGGGUAACUUUCAAGCCCUUGUAAACACAACUUGCUGUGAAGUUCCAAUGCACUUUAACCUUAUGUUCAAAACAAGCAAACCAAAAUCAAAAAACGAAAUUUUAUUCGCAUGGUGCCGUAAAAAACAUCCUUGGGACAAGACCUUAAGCGCUCCUUCACCGUUAAGACAUGGCCAAGAUUUUCAUAUUGAGGUCCUUAAACGAGGCAAUGGUUUUGUACUUUUUGUUAACGGGAAGAAGGUUAAAAGGAUCACGUAAGCCAAAACUUGUGAAUUUCCCUUAAUUUGUUUUUUAAACUUUUUAAAAGUCCUUGUUGAAAUUGUUCUUUGCAGUAAUCCCUAUACUAGCCACUGUACGAAUGGUGUUGAAAUCUCGCCUAGUUUUAUUAAGAAAGCAUGGAAAGAUAACGAUGUUGGCUGUACACAAGACGAAGAUUCAUCAUUAAAUGCUGAUACAAAUUUAGGAUCUUCUGAUUCUGCAAACGAUUCAGAUGAUGGUCCGGAGAUAACUACAGAUGAAAAUGACUAUUUUGAAUAA